AUGCUCGAAUCCGUUGUCUCAACACUCUUGAACAGAGUAUUGGGUGCUUACGUUUCUAACCUAAACUAUAACCAAUUAAAGAUUGGUAUAUGGUCAGGAGAGGUUAAACUACGCGAUCUCAAGCUCAGACGUGAUGCACUAGACAAAUUGAAUUUGCCAAUCGACGUUUUAGAAGGUUACCUUGGUGAGCUCACGUUAACAAUUCCUUGGAAUAAUCUAAGAGGAAAGGCAGUGCUUAUUGACAUCAAGGAUGUAUAUGUCUUGGCAGUGCCUCGAAAUGAGUCAAGCAUGACAACAGAAGAACUUGCGGAAAGAGAACAUGAAGCAAAAAUGAGAAAACUAGAAAAUGCAGAACUCAUGAUGCAACAUAUUGAGGACGACGCUAUUGAGAGUGCCAAGAAUGAUACGUUUGCAAAUCAACUUAUUACCAGAAUUUUAAACAAUCUUCAGUUUUCUAUCAAGAAUAUCCAUAUUCGUUAUGAGGACAAUGUGUCAACUCAGCAUCGAUUUGCAGCCGGGAUCACGCUGAAUGAACUGUCGGCUAUUACCACCGAUGAGAACUGGACACCCAAUACGAUAGGUGAAGCUGUGAAUACGAUAUUCAAGCUUGCAACACUAGAAUCGCUCUCUAUCUAUUGGGAUACAAAUAUCGAUUCUAUAGCAGAUGAUACUGAGCAUGAAUCCUUUAAGGCACUCAUUGCAACAAAGGAAAAUGUACCAAAAGAACAUCAAUACGUGCUCAAGCCCGUUUCGGGAACAGGAAGAGUCAAAUUCAACAAACAGUUUGGCAGCGGUGUUCCCAAGUUUGAAGCGUCUCUACUUUUCGAUGAACUAUCCUUUACGGUUGAUAACGAGCAGUAUCGUGACACCAUUCUCAUGAUCGAUUUGUUUCAUUCUUACCUAAAAAAGCAAAAGCAGUACAAGGAUCUUCGUCCACCUUCUGAUAUGACACCCAAGACGCAUCCAUUGGAAUAUUUUAGAUUUGCAGGCAAUGCUGUUCUUUCAGAGAUACACGAAAGAAACGAACGGUGGACUUGGAAACGACUUAAAAAAAGACGUGAUGAUCGUAUAGCGUAUAUCAAUUGCUAUGUGAAUCAUAAGCUUGAUAGAGCCACGCCUGAUGAGUUGGAACAAUUAGAGAAUCUUGAACGUGAAUUGAGCUUUGAAGAUCUUCGAUUUUACAGAAGUUUAGCGAAACCUAAGCUUAGAAGAGAAAAAGCACGACUUGCUGCUAUUGAAAAGAAACGUAAAAAAGAAGAAGCGGAAAGAAAGGCGAGUCAAGGCUGGAGUAUUAGUAGCUGGUGGUCUGGAAGUAGUAGUGCUACUGGAAAAGGACAACCUAGUGGAGAGGCUGAUGAUGACUUGGUCAUAACAGAAGAGCAAAAGCAAGAGUUUUAUGACGUUAUCGAUUAUGAUGCAGAUAAAGCAGCGAUUGCAGCUUCAGUAGACUUACCAAAAGAUACAAUGCUGCUCUCACUAAACAUCGUGCUCAACCAAGGCUCAUUUAACGUUCGCAAGAAUCCACAUGAACAACCUAUUGAUCUACUCUCACUUGUUUUUGAUAACUUUGUGUUAGGGUUUACAAAAUACGUCGAAUCAUUUACUGCGACAGCUGCCUUGGGCGAUAUGAACCUAUAUGACAAGCAGCGACCAGAAUCGCCUUAUUAUAAGCUAAUGGGGGCUAAAGAUAAGGAUACUAGCCAUAGGAAAUCAGUUACUUUAGAUAAUCAGCUAAAAAAUAUAACCGGUGUCGUCAGAGAUCCCUUUUUCACAGCGACCUUUGAAUAUAAGCCUUUGGACAACCGAGCAGAUAAUGCAGCGGCGCUUUAUAUGCGCAAUAUUGAUAUUGUUUAUAAUCCUGAAAUAAUUCGCGAGUUGAUCGUAUUCUUUACGCCACCAGAGACUAGUGCAGACAGUAUUAAUGCCUUGAUCGAAGUAGCAGGUGAUACAUUUGAGGGCAUCAAGAAACAGACAAGGGCUAGUUUGGAGUAUGCACUAGAACAACAUACUACGUUUGAUCUAAAGGUUGACAUGGAUGCCCCGGUUAUUAUUAUUCCAGAAAACUGCACAUCAACUUCAUGUCGUGCUAUCGUCAUUGACGCGGGUCAUAUUAAUGUUGAAAGCAACUUGUCUUCACCCGAAACGCGCACUCAAAUGAAAUCAAAAUCAGGUCCCGAGAUGUCAGCUGAAGACAACCUUCGAUUCCGUAGUCUGAUGUACGAUCGAUUUACGAUUCAGUUAACAGAGACAAAAGUUCUCGUUGGUGAUUCGCUUGAUACCUGCCUUGUGCAAAUACGUAAUCCCCGUCCAGAAUUGAGCUAUCUUCAUCUGAUUGAUCAUAUUGACAUGACGUUCUUGCUCGAGCUCUGUAUCAUUCGUAAAUCUGUUGACAUGCCUCGAUUUAAAGUAUCUGGGCAUUUACCUUUGCUCAAAGUCAACUUUUCUGAUACAAAGUACAAGGCUCUUAUGCAGUUACCUCAACUUAUUGAAGCAUCUGGUAUACUAGGAGACAGAGCAAACAGUCCUAUUGACGAGACAUCAGUGAAUAAUCAAGUAGAUCAGUACUUGUUUAGAUUGAUGAAUAUUCCUUUAUGGAGUAACCCAGAUGAUGAUAUGCUACUAGAAAGCGAUAGCGAGUCGAGUGAUAUCUAUACAGACUCUGUAGCGGAUACGGUGGAUACCCAGACUACGAACGCGACAUCUACUCACAGUGUAAAACCAAAGCAAGACGCAGUUAAUAUCGAAGAACGACUGUUUGAGUUAGACUUUAAAGUGGACCAGGUGCUUGCAAAUAUACUUGAAACUCAAAAGGUUGAAAAGACGCAAGAAACUCUGCUAUGUGAAGUAGAUUUGAAAAGCUUAAAAUUAAAUUAUAGCAUGCGACCUAUGGACAUGUCAGUUCAUGUUUCACUCAAGUCGUUGGACGUUACUGAUAAGAUGAAGCAUGGAAAUGAAUUCAAAUACCUUGUUACCUCUGACCAAAGCAUUCUUCAGUCAGGCCUUCCUGGUGAAUCGGAACUAAAGGAGCUCGUGAAUAUUGAAUACGUACAGUGUAGUAAGCAGAGUCCUGAGUAUUUGACAAAGCACAAAGGAAUUGACCAAACGAUUCACGCCACUCUAUCUACACUCAACUUUAUUGUAACGCGUAGUUCUGUACUUACACUUCAUAACUUUAUCAUGCAUACUUUUGUGGACAAUGAAGACAUGAAGAAUAGUAAUCAACAGGUUACCAAAUCACCCAACAUAAGACGUACGUCAUCUACGCCCUAUCCAGCGAUACCAAGCUUAAGCCAGUCAAAUAAGGACAACAACAAUGUGUAUGUCAGAUUACUUCUUGACAGUGUCAACUUUGUGUUGAACAAUGAUGGUCAACGUCUUGCUACUGGAGAAUUGUCUUUGGGUGACCUCACAACCAUCAUUUCGGACGGCCAAGUUAACGUUGCUGCUAAAUUUGCUAACUUCACUCUAACGGAUGAUGUGAGUCCUGCAAAAGCGCUUGGAUCAAGGAAUAUGGCAAACCAGCUGUUGACUAUUCAAGGCGAAGAAUUGAUUGACUUAAAGUACACGUCCUUUGUUAAUGAUGGCAGAAAAGAUUAUCCUGGUUACGAUCAUGCAGUGUAUCUUCGCAUGGGUUCUGCACAAUUCAACUUUUUAGAAGCACCUGUUUAUCAAUUGAUGCAGUUCUUGAGUAAAUUUGCCGAAAUGAAAUCGACCUAUGACAUAGCUCGUCAAGCUGCCUUGGAAUCAGCACAGCAGCUUAGCGAGGCAGCUACAAAAACCCACUUUGACAUCGUGAUAAAGACACCCGUCGUUCUGUUUCCCGAGUUCCACCAAGGCUCAUCAGAUCUCGUUGUCGCUCAUUUAGGCGAAAUUUGGGCCUCCAACACGUUUGUCAAUGAGAAUGGCCGCUCCAUCAACUCUAUAAAAGCGGGCCUCAGAGCAAUCAGUCUUACAUCCAAAUUUUAUUUCAGACGUUCUAAUAAUCAAAUGCAACUGCAAACGUUACCCAUUGUAGAUGAUAUUGACGUUAAUUUUGUCAUACAAGUCUCACAGCAAGGGCAGCUUGACAGUUCAAGUGUGGACAUUCAAGGCAGCAUUAGCGAUAUUUCUAUGAAAGUAACUGAGCGACAGUACAUCUUCCUUAUGGAAGCGAUAAACAUGCUUUCACGUAUCUUUUCAUCCCCAGAAGGGGGCAACAAACAGUCAACAAGCAGCUUAGCUAACACAGCCAUGUCAGGAAACCUUAGCCAAAGAUAUGCUGAAGCUGUCAGCGAAAGCAGCGGUAACUAUGCUUCUCCUGAAAUCACAAUGACAAUUCAUGCAAACAUGAUUAAAUUGGAAGUCUAUAUGGGCGAAGGUGCUGAUAUACAAUCACCCACCAGUUUAGCUUGUUUUGCUCUACACAACAGUAAUGUGGAUUUGCAUAUGGAUAGUGACAGUAGCAUAGAUAUCCUCGUCGUUGUACCCUCGCUUACUGUAGACGAUACAAGACCCGGCAUCAAAAGCGAAUAUAAAAAUAUUGUCCCAGUUAUUGAAAAUGGCAAUCAAUUUGAAUUACAGUUGGACCUGAAGCCACCCACUCCUUCUCGCACAGGAGUCAUGAUGAUGACUAUCAGAGAUUCUAAGGUUAUUUUAUCGCUUGAUCACGUCUUUUCGUUAUUGAACUUUUUCAUGCUGCCUUUCAACGAUAAAAAUCAGUCAUGGUCUGAACGGGAACGACCAGAAGACGGCGUACAGUCAUCUAACAUCGACCUAUCUUAUAUCGUAAAAGUUUUGAACGCUGAAUUUGUUUUGCUUGCUAAUCCCGAGAAACUGGAUUCAGAGGCAAUCGUUCUGUCAACUGAAGAAUUAAUGGUCACUCAGCAAGCAAAGACGGCUCUUGUUGUAAAGCAAAUGGGUAUGUUCCUCUGUAGAAUGGACAUGCGUCAAAAGUCUACUCUGAGAUUUAUUCAACCGUUUGAUGUGAAUUUGUCAAUGAACAGUAACCCAAGGAAUGAAAAGGGGGGUUUACUGACAGAUAUUGUCAUGAACAUUGACCCUUUGAUUAUGCGAGUUUCUUAUUGCGACGUCAUGCUAAUUACUGAUAUUGUCAAUAAUGCAUUUGAUCUUUACACUGCCAGCAUGGGAGGUGAUAAGCAAAUGACAAAAACGGAAUAUGCACAGGGCCUGCUGUCGCCAUCACUUGUGACCUCACAAAAGGAUGCGGAUAGUGUUAAUGCAAUUGCUCUUGCCCAAGAAUCUCUUCGUAUCUCUUUUCAAGGCGCUCAAGUCAUUUUAAUUGAAGAAUUACAUGAGACACCUAUGGUUAUUAUGUCCUUGAAGCCUUUCAAUCUAGAAGUGUCCAACUGGUCAAAAGAGCUUGCUGCUUCUGUCCAACUCUAUGCACACAUCAACUAUUUCAACAUCAAAAACUCCCACUGGGAACCAUUAGUUGAACCAUGGAACUUUAAGUUGGAGCUGUCUCGAAACCCAACUGUCGGAAAUGAUGUUACCCAUGUGAAGAUCAUAUCUAACAAUACCCUUAAUCUUAAUAUCACUCACACCUUCUUGGAAAGUGCAGUAUCUAUUGUCCAGAUGUUAGAUAAGCAGAGAGAUACUGUCUAUAGCGGCGAAAGAGGCACUGUUGCGCCAUACGAGAUACGUAACAGAACUGGUUACGAUAUCACUAUCUGGAAUUCUACAAAUUCAAACGAGGGUCCUACACUUAAAGAACUGAAGGACGGUGAAAGCAUACCAUGGUGGUUUGAGGAUUGGAGAAAGCGUCGUGAGACAACUGAGGUUACCAGUAAUAGUUUGAAUGUCCAAAUUGAUGGAGCUCAAUGGAGGAGCCUUCGUGAUAUCCAGCUCGAUACAGAGGGAGAACAUAUGCAUGCACUCGAGCCAAGGCUUGAUAAUGUUCAGCAUCAUAUUGUUUUUGAUGUUAAACUCGCUAAUAACAUCAAGGUUGUGACCAUUAGGUCCUCAUUUGUAGUUGAAAAUCGAACCCUGCUUCCUGUUGAUCUCGUCAGUAUCAAUCCUGACGGAAAGACGAGUUCACAUAUUGUCAAGAUUACUCCUAGUGAAGACUAUGCUAUCCCGAUUGAGCAAGCUUACUCUCACAGAUUCUGUAUUAGACCAGACGAAGGCUUUGGCUACCAUUGGGCACAGCGCGCUUUCCACUGGAGAGACUUUGCUACACCUAUCAAGCCUCCAAAUGCACUUUCUUGUCUUUCAGGAAAUAGGGAAAUGCCACCAUUUAUCUUUCAUGUGGAUGCUCGUUUGGAUAAAAAGAACAUUUUGUAUGGUCAAUACCCUGCCAUGGCCAUCAAGUUAAGCGCUCCUAUUGAGAUUGAAAAUCUGUUGCCUUAUGACUUCAAUUUCCGUAUUAUUGACAAGACGUCUGGUCAAGACUUUAGCUCUUUUCUGCGCAAGGGUGGUGUGAUGCCUAUUCACGUCAUAGAAAAUGGCCAUCUUGUGCUCUUAAGUAUUGAAAUUCCGGAUACCGAUUAUCGUAAAAGUGAUUAUGCUAUUAUCAGCACAAAGAGAACGGAUGAUCUUGACGUGGAUCGUUCCAUUGAACUCGUUCACAAGAAUGACAAGAACAACAAGCUACACAUUCGUAUCAACACCAUGGAUGUACCAGGAUCAGGAGGCGCUAAAAGGUAUAGCAUAUUUAGUCCUUACAUCAUCAUGAACAAGACUUGGUUGCCCAUUAGCUUCAAGGAGAAGCAUACUUGGUCUGAUGCAUUUAUGUCUAACAGUGAUAAUGUUGUGACAUGCAAGCCGGGCCCUAAACCAGAGCCUUUUAUGUUUUCAUAUCCCAACAUGGACAACCGUAACAGAACGCUGAUCAAAGUGGAUAAAUCAGAUUGGAGUCAGCCAUUAAGCUUUGAAGCGGUUGGAAGCGUGUAUGAUGUUGUGCUCCCAAAUACAAAUCGUUCUGAAGAGAUUCACGUUGGUAUUCAUGUGCAGGAAGGACAAGGAAGAUUUAAGCUGACCAAGACGAUUACGAUAACUCCACGCUUUGUGUUGAGUAACCAAAUGAAUCAAAACAUCCGAUACCGUGUGCCCGAGACUAAGGAUGAAUAUACAUUGGAAGCCGGGCAACGAAUACCAUUGUAUAACAUUCGCGUCCAGAAUGAAAAGCAGUUAAGCAUAAAGUUGGAAGGAUUCAGCAAUGCAUGGUCAGCGCCUUUUAAUAUCCAAGACAUAGGCGACGUUCACGUACGACUAUCAAACGAUUAUGGUGAGCCAGAUGUGCUCAUUAGGGUAUCAGUUUUGCUUCAAGAUGCAACCAUCUUUAUUGUUUUAACCAAAGAGGAAAACUGGCCAUAUUUGCUUGUCAACAAGACAGAUGAAGACAUGAUCUUUUACCAAGAAGACCCUGUCCUUUUAAGAGACGACUCUACUCCAGUACGUAAUCUUAGAAUCAAACGAUACAGAUUACCUGCUAAGCAAGCGGUUCCUUAUUCAUGGGACCUGCCUGCUUAUAAAGACAAAAAGAUGAUUCUCUCAAUCAAUGGUCGCGAAAGAAGCAUUAAUCCACAAGAAAUUGGCACAUUGCCACCAUUCCGUCAUGCAACACGUAGUGGCAACCCAUCCAUCACUUCUAUAGAUAUUAAGAUUCAAGCUGGCCGUCGGGUUGUAGAGUUGACGCCUUAUAGACAGAGUGAAAGCCAAUUUAAGCCAGUGUCAGGCUCCCUAUCACGCUCAUCAUCCAUGUCAUCGGUAGAUAGUGCUGCUCGUGAAGGAUUUGAAGUUGUGGAUGUUGAUAUGAAAGUGAACGCAGUGUUCCAGCUUCAACUUAAGGAAGUUGGUAUAUCCUUGAUUGAUAGACAAUUGCAGGAGCUUGCCUAUAUUACUUUUAGAGGCAUUGACUUGAAACUCUCUGAUUCCACCCUGUACCAUUCACUUCGCUGGAACGUUGACUGGGUUCAAAUAGACAAUCAGAUGCAUGGCUCCGUCUUUCCCAUACUGCUCUACCCCACCAACUCGACAAACAGUGGAGACCGAACCAAGAACAAUAAUAAGAUACUUCCAACUGUUCAGCUGGCCCUAGACAGAGUCAAAGACAGCUCACAUGGUGUCAUGUACUUUAAGUACUUUUCUAUCCUUCUACAAGAAAUGAGCGUGGAAUUAGACGAAACAUUUGUUUAUGCCAUGUUAGACUUUACUAAUGUCAGUCAUCCGACUAAUGAAGAGCCCAGAGACAAUGAUGAUGUUGACACCUGGAAUUAUUCUGCGGAUAUUCCGGAUGUUAGACCGGGUAAUGAUACAGCACAGAUCUAUUUUGAAGUAUUCAGUAUUCAGCCUAUUCGGUUUAAUCUUUCAUUUUUACGAGUUUAUCAAGACGAUGCGAAUCUCCCACAAUCCCAUGCUGCUAUUGCUUAUCUCGUGAAUGCAUUGACAAUGACUAUCGGAAACAUCAACAGUGCGCCUCUAAGGUUCAAUGCUUUGGCUAUCGAAAAUAUGAUGGCUAGUCCAGCCGAUUUAGCCAACAAGAUGUUUAUACACUAUAGCGAUCAAUUCAUUUACCAGUUCCAUCGUAUCUUGGGUUCUGCUGAUUUCCUGGGCAAUCCAGUGGGUCUCUUCAAUACUGUAAGCUCAGGUGUAGCUGAAUUAUUUUAUGAGCCUUGGCAAGGCCUAAUCAUGAGCGAUAGACCUCAGGAUUUAGGGUAUGGUAUUGCCAAGGGGUUCAGUGGGUUUAUUCGAAAAAGUGUCUUUGGUGUCUCUGACAGCUUCACAAAGUUUACUGGCAGCAUUGGUAAGGGCCUAAGCGCCGCUACGAUGGAUAGAGAGUAUCAGGAUCGUCGAAGGAUGAACAUGUCUCGAAACCGACCUAAACACGCUUUGGUGGGUGUUACUCAGGGAGCCACAUCCUUUGCCAGCAGUAUUGCCAGUGGUUUUUCUGGUCUUGUGACACGACCUGUUGAAGGUGCGUCAAAGGAAGGUGUCGGAGGUUUCAUCAAGGGCUUCGGAAAAGGUCUAGUUGGUGCAGUGACAAAACCAGCUGUUGGCGUUUUUGACUUUACAAGCAACAUAUCGGAAGGAAUACGAAAUACAGCAACCCCUAAUGAUACAAACAUGAUCGAACGUGCACGAUAUCCUCGUUAUAUUGGGCCUGAUGGUAUUCUUAAACCUUAUUCAUUACGUGAAUCCAUUGGUCAGCAUUGGCUCAAGGAUGUUGAUGGAGGCAAAUAUAUGCAGGAUACUUACUUGGCUCAUUGUCAUGUACAAAACGAUGAGCGAGUAGCCAUGCUGACAAAUAACCGUGUCAUGCUUAUUCGAACAAGAAGACUAGCAGUCGAAUGGCAAGAACCGUUCUCUGAUAUUCAAACGUUCAAACGUGAACCUACGGGUAUCAUCAUCUAUCUUCGCGACCAAAGCCCUGAACGUUUCUUGAUCAUCUCAGACAAGCACAGUCGUGAAGAUUUCUUUAAAAAGAUCGAAGGUGCUGUGCACAAAUAUAAUUUGACACGACGCUCUGCUGAAUAG